GAUUUUGCAUUUCAGGGUAGGGGGCCUGUAUGUAAACAAUACAGAGCUCUUCCCCGUCAGCUCCUGCACACUACUUUGUAUGGCUCUGCAUAGCAGAGCCAUACAAAGCCCACACAAAGCAGUGUGCUUACAGUGUAAAACAGCACACAGUUAACUCUUUGAUCGCCCCAAAUGUUAACCCCUUCCUGCCCAGUGUCAUUAGUACAGUGUCAGUGUCUUUUAUUAGCACUGAUCACUGUAUUGGUGUCACUGGGCAUGUCAGUGACAGUUAGUCAUUUCCCCCCCGUCUCAGAAUGCCCGCCGCAGUCCCGCUAUAAGUCGCUGAUCGCCGCC